AUGCUUUUCGGGAUCCCUCUUCAAUCAGGGAAGAUAUUGUCUACAGUUACAACAUUUAAAAUACUUCAACAGCCAAUCUACAGUCUUCCCGAUACAAUAUCAAUGAUAGCCCAAACUAAAGUCUCGUUAGAUCGAAUUGCCUCAUACCAUUGUCUUGAUAACUUAGAUUCAGGCCUUGCAGAGAUAUUCCCCCGAGGUGAUAGUGAUAUUGCAAUCAAGAUAACCAAUGGAAGUUUUUCAUGGGAUGUUUCAUCUUGUGAUCCCGCACUAAAGGAUAUAAAUAUCAAAGUUGCUCAUGGCAUCAAGGUUGCUGUAUGUGGUACAGUUGGGUCAGGAAAAUCAAGUUUACUUUCAUGUAUCCUGGGAGAAGUGCCUAAGCUGUCAGGAAGUGUAAAGCUUAGUGGUAGCAAAGCUUUUGUUGCUUAG